AUGGUGGCCCGUGGGUCCUCCCUAUCGGUGCUCCCCAGCUUGUCACGGAGACACCAGGUCCUCACUGGCCACACGUUCUCCCGCUGCUCCACCACAGCCACCACCACAGCUGCCACGGGCUCAAUCGUGCGAGCGCGCCGGCAGACUAGCCACGCCGCCUGGGAAGGUUCAACCGGGUGUCGGGGGUUGACGGCCGAGUGCCUGCAGUUGCUGGCGGUGACGCGGGCCUGCACCGCGGCCUGCGUCCUCACCACCCCGGCCGUGCAGCCGGAGCUCCUGGGCCCCUUCCAGCCCUACUGCAACCCGCACCUCGUCUCCGGAAGUUCCACGUGUCUGGGGCUCGUCACCAACCUCCCCUUCUUUUGGCCCCUGGGAUUCGGAUUCUUCAACGUGCUCUUCGCCUUCCGCGACUGCCGCACGCUGGAGGACGGCUUCUUUCGCGCCCACAAGACCGACUUCGUCUUCCUGUUUCUUUUCGGAGGCGUCCUCAUGACCAUGUCCUUCAGGGCUCUGCACUGUCAGGGGAACCAGUGGGAGGAUUGCAGGGGCUGGGAAGUCAGAGGGACCUUGGGCAGCACUGAGGCCUGCACCAGGGGAGGGCCUCCCAGCACCUUGACUCUGGCCCGGCUGCUGGGGCUCCUGGGCAGCCUGUUCUUCCUGGCCGGCCAGGCCCUCAUGGCCAUGCUCAAGGACGUCUGGAGCCACUGCAGCCCUCGGGUGAGGGUCGGCUUCUUUGGCCUCCUCGCCUUCUGGCGCCAUUCCUGCUCUGGGCUCUCCCUGCUGCUGGGCAACCCGAUCCUCAUGGACCUGCUGGGGACUACUUUAGGCCACAUCUACUACUUCCUGGAGGAUGUCUUCCCCAACAAGCCUGAAGGCAAGAGGCUGCUACAGACUCCCAGCUUCCUGAGUCUGCUACCGGAUGCCCCAAAGGAGGACCCCGAUAACCUGCCCCUCCCCAAGGAGUAGCCCACACCCCUGCAGCAGUGA